AUGGCAAAGAAUAAGAGCAAGAAUAAGGGAAAUACGCAAAAGGCACCUGGAACUUAUACCUUGCCCAAGGUGAAGAAGAUGGCAGAGAGCGAAGAGCCAGUACAAAAUGAAGAGAAAUACAUGAGGGUUGCACCUGCUUCUGAAACCAAAAAAAUUGCCGAUAGAAAGUUAAAAGCAAAGAUCACUCAUCAAGAAAAGAACAGCAGAGAUGCUGCUCGUGCAGCUGCCAGAGCAGAAAUGUUGUUGCAAGAAGAAGGCGGUUAUUUGGAAGCUGAAGGUCUUGAAAGAACCUUCAAGUUUAGACAAGAUCAACUUGCUCCCAGUUUGGAUGUCAACACUGUCAGCAAGAUCUUUUCCCUCGAUUUACCUGAAUUUGGACCUUAUUCAAUUGACUAUACCCGUAACGGCCGUCAUUUAUUGAUUGGAGGUCAUAAAGGCCAUAUUGCAGCUUUCGACUGGCAAACUGGUGGACUUCAUUUCGAGACACAUGUCAAUGAGACUGUGCGUGAUGUUACCUGGCUCCACAACGAAACAUUAUUAGCAGUGGCACAAAAGAAAUACGUCUACAUUUACGAUAAAUCAGGCCUCGAAAUUCACCGACUUCAAAACCACACCUACGUUGACAAGCUCGAAUUCUUACCCUAUCACUAUUUACUUGCAUCGAUUGGCAGCAAUGGUUAUCUCAAGUACCAAGACACAUCUACUGGUGAACUUGUCGCAGAGAAGCGAACAAAGCUUGGGCCCUGCAACACCAUGACACAAAAUAGAUACAACGCCGUUAUUCAUCUUGGCCAUCAAAACGGCACAGUGACACUGUGGUCACCAUCCAUGCCUGCACCCUUAGUGAAAAUGCAAUGUCAUCGUGGACCUGUGCGAGCAGUUGCAGUGGAUAGAGGAGGACAUUACAUGGCAACAUCUGGAGCAGAUGGACAAUUGAAGAUUUGGGAUAUUCGCACUUAUGGAUGUCUCCAAGAAUACUAUACACCUCGUACAGCUACAUCACUCGACAUCUCAGAUACAGGCUUACUGGGCGUUGGAUUAAAUCAACAUGUGCAGGUCUGGAAGGACGCCUUUAGAACAAAACAACAAUCACCUUACAUGUCACACUUGGAAGCUGGCUCUAUGAUUCAAGAUCUUAAAUUCGUACCUUAUGAAGAUGUGCUGGGCAUUGGUCACCAAAAGGGUAUUUCUAGCAUCGUUGUGCCUGGUGCUGGUGAGGCCAACUUUGAUACGCUUGAAGCCAAUCCCUUCCAAACCAAGAGACAAAGACAAGAGACUGAAGUACAUACAUUAUUGGAUAAACUUCAGCCUGAUAUGAUCAUGUUGGAUCCCACACAGAUUGGUAAAAUCAACAGAUUAACAAAGGCAGAGAUAUUAAAGAGAAGAGAGGAGGAGCAAGAAGCAAAUACACCAGAUACACCAGAGAAGGAAAAGAAGAGAAUGAGAGGCAGAAAUUCAGCAUUGAAGAGACAUAGACGCAAGAAGGCCAAGAAUGUGGUUGACCACAAGAUGGCUGAUAUGGAUGAAAAGAUUGCAUUAGAAAAGGCCAAGGCUGCAAAGGAACAAAAUAGAGAUAAACCCUUUACUACCCUUGACAUUUUUGAAUAA